GGUACAGAACGUACGUACCAAACAGAAAAAUCGACACAACACAGAAGAAAAUUCAUUGGAUGAACUCGUCGAAAUCAACACAAAAGUUGAUUGAUCCCGAUCUGCUGUCUUUUCUUGCACUGUUGGUACUCGAGAGCAAACUCACAAAUCGAUCGGACCGGCAGAACCAUGUUGUCCAAUAUUUUGCCGAAGAGGCUAACGAUGCGGAUCGCCGGCUUGGUGGUUGUGGCAACAGUUUUUGCAGUGGCCCCGGGCAGRGCGGCGGCAUUCACGCUGCCCUCCGGACCGCGGGCGGCGGCCUUCCCAUCGCCUCUGGGARAGGCGGCAACGACCAAACCCACCGGAUCGCUUCGGGGACCAGACCAACCACGACAACGACAACCACCACCACACGGCUUGGUCGGCGGCGCAACCCGAGCCGGCCUUUUGUCCCUCCCGCGGGGACGGCGGGAGCCGUCGGCGCUGGGCCUCGGCUUUCGAAACGGCGACAAGGGCAGCAGCAGCGGCGAUGGYGGCGGCGGCGGUGGAGCAAGCAUGGACCCCGGACUCAAGCUGCUGGUCUGCCUCCUCAUCGAUUUCAUCGGCGUCGCGUCUUUUGCGGCGCCGGGGCUUGGGGAGGCCACCGACGCCGGGUGGGCACCGAUCUCCGCCCUGCUGGUCAACUACCUCUUCGGGAACGGCCUCUUCACGGCCCUGGCCCUGGUGGAGGAGCUCUCGCCGGGACUCGACUUUGUUCCGACCGCGACGAUCGCCUGGUUUCUGGAAAACGCCAACCGGGAAGCCGAACAAGCCGGAGCMGGCGAGCCACCGCAAACGCAACCGCCGCCGUCCGCGGCACGGGGUCCGCCGCAAACCCCACGAGCACCGGGAACCGGCGGCGGGCCGGACGUGAUCGACGUGGACAUCGUAGAGUGACGCCAAGGCUUCCGGUCCCCCUGGGUGGCAAUGGCAAUUCCUGUUCGGGUACAACUUUUUCAAUACCGAAUCGACAUGGUUGCCACCAAACACGCACGCACGCACGCACAAAACACACAAACACAAACAGCCCAUCAAAUACAGUAACCAACCGAGGUUCGGAACCGGACYCCGAUACAACUUUGCCGGCAGUGUGAACCAGUAGUGGGUAAAAAUUGGCGAUAUAGUAGUUUAGGUUUCGAGACAGAACAUCUUGUYAUUAUCAGAGUGUUCGUUGUGGGACGAGCAAGUGCUAUUUCUAAUUGUACUAGCAAAUAGUACUACUAGUUGACAUGGAGAUGAUUAAUAACAAGAGAGGUGCAAU